UGCAACCAUGGCGGGUCGGGGGCGGCCCGCGGCCGUGGCCGACCGGCGGCCCGAGAACGCGGCCGCCCUCGCCAUAAUCACGCGGGCCGUGGAGCUGGACUCGGAGUGCAAGUACUCGCAGGCGCUCGUGUGCUACCAGGAGGGGCUGGACCUGCUGCUGCAGGACCUCCGGGGUACCAAAAAUGAUGCACAGAGAAGCCUCCUCAGAAAAAGAAUUGCUAGCUACAUGGAAAGAGCAGAAAAUAUAAAGAAAUACUUGGAUCAAGAAAAAGAAGAUGGAAAAUAUCAUAAGCAAAUUAAAAUAGAAGACAAUGCAACAGGUUUCAGUUAUGAGUCACUUUUUCAAGAAUACCUUAAUGAAACAGUUACGGAAGUUUGGAUAGAAGAUCCUUAUAUUCGACAGUCACAUCAGCUGUAUAACUUUCUUCGAUUUUGUGAGAUGCUUAUUAAGAAACCAUGUAAAGUAAAAACUAUCCAUCUUCUCACAUCUCUGGUUGGCAGUGUGCAGCAGAAUGGCCUGGAAGAAAUAAAAGAAUCACUCUGUAAAUACGGAGUGCUGUUGGAAUUAGAAUACUCUUCUUCAAUACACGACCGAGAAAUUAGGUUCAACAAUGGAUGGAUAAUUAAGAUUGGAAGGGGACUUGAUUAUUUUAAGAAGCCCCAGGGUCAAUUUUCCCUUGGAUAUUGUGAUCUUGAUUUAAGACCAUGUUAUGAAACAACCGUGGACAUUUUUCAUACCAAGCAUACGAAACAAAUAUGAUGAAUCGGUGUGGAUAAUACUGAACCUAAAAAUAUUCAAACCCAUUUUGACAAGGUGGUAAAUGGAAAAUGGAAAAUUAGGGCAUCGAGAAAGUACUUGGACAAUUGUUGAUCAACAGUUACUUUCUGCAGAGUGUACUAGCUCUUUUUGCCAUGUACCCAUCAUGUGGAAGUAAAGUGGCUUUUCCUUCAGAUUCAGGUUACAUUCCUGCCAAGGGUUUUGAUGCCUACCAAUGACCACAGAGGGAGAAUUUCUCCACAAGAAAAGAAUCGGCUUGCCUUCUAGAUUCAUAUGGUCAUGGAUC